UUUUUCUCUUCAUCGCGGUCGAGCCUCGAUCGUCGUCGUCGUCGUCAAACUUGUAGUAGUCGUCAUCGUCCUCGUCUCUCUACGUUUGUUCUACUCUAGAUUAUUAAUAAAUAGUAUUAUUUAUGUUUUUGCUAAUUAUCAUUUUACAAUUUAACCUUUAACACAUUAAGUGAUGUACCGAGUAUUAUUUUAUAUUUUGUGGUGAAUUUAAAUUGGGUGUUGUGUUCGAAGGAUUUACAACAUAAAUUAUUUUAAAAAUAUUUAAAAUGACUUUUGGUGCAAUGGAUGAUUCCUAAUAGAUCAAAUAAAAUCGUCUAAAAAAAAAAACAAUUUUUUUGCUAUUAGCAGAUAAUGUAAGUAUUUAAAAAAAAAAAAACAGUUGAAAAAAUGGAAAGAGAUUGACUAAAAAAAAUUUCCAUAGGGUUUGUAAUUGAAAAAAAAAAUUUUCAGACUAACUGGAGUGUGUAUGUGUGUAAAUUUAAAAAAUUAAAAAAAAAAAUUUUAAAAUGCUUCAAUCGCUGAACGCACUGGCGGGCAAAAUAUCGCCGGGCUCGCCACCGUCGAUGGACACGAAUGCUAACAAAAUUCACGUGCAAAAUAAUAAUAACAAUAAUAAUAAUGAUAAUAAUAAUAAAAAUAACUAUAAUAAUAAUAAUACGCCGUGUAAUAAAAAUAAAAAUUAUUUAAAUAAUAAUAAUAAUAGUAACAAUAAUAAUAACAAUAAUAGUACCCCUAAUAAUAACAAUAAUAAUAAUAGUUUAUUAAAUAAUAAUAAUAAUAACAAUGAAGAUAAUAAUAGUAGUAAUAACAAUAAUAAUAAUAAUUGUAGCAAUAAUAAUAAAUGUAAUAUUAAAUUAGACAAUGUAAUUAGUGGAAUUAAAACGAGUACUGUUAAUAAUCAUAUUAAAAAUGAUAAUAAUAAUAAUAAUAGUAUCAGUAAAAAUAAUAAUAGUUGUACGAAUAUUAGUAAUAAUGUUUUCCAUCAUCCACAUCCGUAUUCAAAACAUCAAUCGUCGAUUCAACAUCAUCAGUCAUCUAGGACGCAGCAACACCAGCAACAACAAAUAAACGAUUGUGAUAAUGAUGAUAUUAUCAUCGGGGAUAUCGGGAGCUUGGCUGGAGAUAAACCCGAUCCAGACACCAUAAAGAUGUUUGUAGGUCAGGUGCCUCAUGAUAUGGAGGAAAAUGAUUUGAGAACAAUGUUUGAGGAAUUUGGACGUGUUCACCAGAUCAAUGUUCUUAGAAAUAAGUACACUGGCACUCAUCAAGGUUGCUGUUUUGUAACGUUUUAUACACGAAGAGCGGCACUAGCGGCUCAAAAUGCACUUCACAAUAUAAAAACUUUUAACGGAAUGCACCGGCCCAUCCAAAUGAAGCCCGCGGACAGUGGUCACCGUAAUGAUCGGAAGCUAUUCGUUGGCAUGCUGUCAAAAAAAUACAGUGAAAAUGAUGUAAGAAAUAUGUUUGACGUUUAUGGUGCAAUUGAAGAAUGCUCGGUACUGAGGGAUAAUAGUACUGGGCAAAGCAGAGGAUGUGCCUUUGUUACAUUUGCAACUAAACAGCAUGCCAUUAAUGCUAUUAAAGCACUACAUCAUUCGCGUACAAUGGAGGGUUGUUCAUCGCCAUUGGUCGUUAAAUUUGCUGAUACCCAAAAAGAAAAAGAUCAAAAACGAUUGCAACAGUACCAAGCAAAUUUAUGGAACAUCGCGGGUACCGUUGGUAUGCCAGCGCCUCAUUAUUUAACGAACAAUGAUACUCAUGCAUUGGCAUCCGCACAAUUACUUCAACAGCUACAAACAACCCUGACACCGGGUGUUGGACCCUCAGCUGUAGCUUGUCCUACUGGCGCAAGCAAUCCCGCAGCAAUGAGCACCGUACAGCAUCAACUGCUUAUUCAACAGCAUCUUGGACUAAACGGUGCAGCGGCGGUAACUCCUCAGGGUGUCGCAAGUCUCCCAGAAAUGACCCAGAGUCAUCUCCAAGGACUAGCAACUCUGGCAACACUCGGCGGUGCCAAUACUGGUGAAUACAUCGGAGAUUUUGUUUAUCUUACAGCUAAUCCCGUUGGUGUUACCUCACCCAUGAGUAUGCAAGAUCUGAUGGCACUUGCAUCGAUGACUAAUGCUGCUAAUAUUCAAGUACCUUCUGGCACCUUGGGUGGAUUAGUUAAUUCACAAGGAAGUCUUACUCAGUGGCCAACAGCAACGCAAGUUACUAAUAAUGGAACUGCAGUCAGUAAUGCUAAUGGAUUUAGUCCUGUAUCACUUACGCUUAAUUCUCUGGCUGGAACAGCAUCGUUAAGUGCUGGUGCUAAUGGUGCUGGCACCCUUCAAGAUACAUUGUCCAGUGCUUACUCAAGUUUACAACAAUAUGCAGCUCUCAUUGGAAAAACUGUGACUACAAGUACAAGUACUUCAUCAAGUGUACAAGAGAAUAAGAAAGGAUUAAAACAUAGAUUUUCGACGCUGCCAACAACUGGACAGACUGGAACAACAACUGGUAAUUCAUCAGUUGCAUCUGCUGUUGCUGCAGCAGCAUUGGCAGCACAGCAACAAGCUAUGAUUAUAAAUGCUGCUGGAAAACAAAUCGAGGGCCCUGAGGGCUGUAAUUUAUUUAUUUAUCAUUUACCCCAAGACUUUACGGAUUUUGAUCUUGCGUCCACUUUUGUACCUUUUGGUAACAUGCUGUCUGCUAAAGUUGUCGUUGAUCUCAAGACAAAUACCAGUCGUUGCUUUGGUUUUGUAUCGUAUGACAAUCCAGCAAGUGCAGCAGCAGCUAUUCAAACAAUGAAUGGUUUUCACAUAGGCGCUAAGAGACUUAAAGUUGAACAUAAACGAGCCAAAGAAGCUGCCAAACCGUAUUAACAGGGUGCUAAAAAAGGCGCAGUUUUGUAGCAGGUGCAGGCCUGUGACGUUGUGGCCGGAAUAUUACUGUGUGCCAUACCAUGUCUAUCUCGCAAAUAAAAAUUACACACAAACACACACAUACACAUACACUUGAUAUAUAUUUAUAUAUAUAAAUAUAAAAAUAAAGAAAAAAUAUAUAUAUAUAUAUAUAUAUAUAUAUAUAUAUAUAUUUGAUCACAGUAUGUCGUUUUGUCGCGUGGUGCCUGUGUGUGUAAUUUACAAAUUUUUAAAAAACAAAAAAAAACAAAACCAACUGAUCCCAAAUAUCCUUAAAACCAAAUCCUCUAUCUUUUAAAAAACAUUUUUUUUUUUUCAAACCUUUUUUUUAUAAAAAAAAAAUUCAAAUUACAAGCACGUUAAUUUUCUGCUUAUUAAUUUUUGUUGCUUAUAAACUUUUUUUUUUAGUUUAUUUUUGUUUUUAAAUUUAUCGCUUUAUUUUUUCUAAGGGGUCGAUAAGGGUUGAUUAUAAAUUGUCAUUUUUUCUCUUUGAAAACUAUUGAAUAUUUUUAAAAACAUUUUUUUGUUAAUUUUUGAAUGAAAAGGACACUUUCCUUAAAGUUUUCAAAGAAAAAUCAAGUAAAUCGAUUGAUAAUUAUCCGAGUUAUCGAUUUUUAAAGUUGGCGAACAUCGAAAAUUUUUUUUCCAUAUUUUCCAACAAUUUCUUUCAAUAGCUCAAAAACUUAUUAACCGAUUUAUUUAAUUUGUUUUUUAAAUCUUUAGAAAGACGUCCUCUAACUGCCAAAGUAAAAAAAUUAAAAAAAAAGAAUUUAUUUAAAACUCUUCAAGGCAAUUUAAAAAAAAUUUGAUGUUAAUUCAAAAAAAAAAUCAACCCUUCCGUACUGAUCCCCAAUUUAUUUUAUUACAAUUUAUUAUUUAUAUGAGUCCCCUCCAAACACACACGUCUUAAAUUUUGUCAACGUCAAAACAAAUGAUUUAAAAAAAAAAAAUAAAAUAAGUAAAUCGCAACGCACCGCAAUCUCUCUUCGUCUCGUCAAUUACAAAAUUAAGGAUGUGGAAGAGAAGCUUGUUAAAAAAAAAAACAACAACAACAAACAAAACCAAAACGAACUAUUUACUAUUUAAUACCAGACGCACUCAUUAACAUGUCUAAUUAAAUUAGUUAAGGAAAAUUAAUUUAAUUAAUUAAUUACGAAAAAAAUAUAUUAUUAAUGAAAUGAAAUUAAUUGUAAGGGGAUUACGCCUUUUUGUUGUGUCAAUUAUGUCUUAAUUUUUUUUUUGUGUUGUUAAUAGGCAAAUUUUUUUUUUUUGUUGUAUUCUCACGUAUUUUUUUAUACUUUACAAAUAUUAAUUUAAAAAAAAUAUAUAAAAACGUACACUUGUUUGCUGUACGUUAUUUUAAACUGAAAAGACGUGAGAAAAUUCUAAAAAAAAAACUAUUAAGUAAAAAAAAAGUACAUUAAUAAAAUUAAUUAAUAAUAAUAAAAUAUAUAUUAUAUUAAAUAAAAAAAAUAUAUAUAUAUAUCUUUAAUCAAUAUAUAUUAGCCAAAUUAUAUAAACUAAAGAAAAUAAAGAAUUUAUCAAAAUUUACCAAAAUAAUACAGUAUUUUGACAGGUUUAUUUAAAAUCAUUUAGUUUAUAUAUAUAUAUAUAAAAAAAGAAAGAAAAAAAAAUAAUAAAUAUUUAAUAAUUUUAUAAUUUUUUUCUUUAUAAAAUACUUACUAUAUAUGACUAAUAUAUAUUAUAUAUUUAUUUAUAUAUAUAUUAAACAUAUAUAUAUGUAUAAUAGUCGAAGUAAAGAUAACAAAAUAAAUAAUUAAUUGCGUGCGGGUGAAAUACCAAAGACUUGAUAGCACGAUUGAUUUGUGUGAUACAAUAAUUAACGCACUUUGACUUAAAAAAAAUACAAAUAACUAAAUAAAUUAAUAAUAAUAUUGAUAAUAUUAAUAAUUAAAACCCCUCCCAUAUAUCCAAGCACAAAUUAAUUUAUAAAUAAACUAAAUUAAUUUGUCAUUGUCGCUUGGGGAAAGUAUUACAUAAUAGUUAAUUAAAAAAAAGUAACUAAAUGAAUUAAAAUUAAUUAAUUAAUUGAUGUAUUUUUUUUUUUUUUUGUUUAAACUAGUUAUUGUUUAUUGUUUAAAAGAAAUAUGUUGGUAGACUUAAGCGUCCAAAGUUUAAGCAUUUCAAUGCAGUCCAUUGAUGUAUUAAUUAAAUUGUUUCAUUUGUUUUAUUACUAUUAUUUCGUUAUAUUUGUUUUAUUUUAAAGAGUUACCUUUGUAGAAAGAGAUAUAGUACUCGUAAUUUUAUAGACUAUUUGAGAUUUAUGUUUAAUAGAAGCUAUCUGAUCGAUGUGUGAUUGUUUAACCGUUUAUGAUGCUUAUAUGACAUGUUAAGUGUUUUAAAUGAAGAUUUAUAUGAUUAUAAGUUUAUAUCUAAAUGUUUUUUUAUGUAUCUGAUUCAGAAUUUAAUGAACUUCAGAUAUUUUUAAUCGUAUAUGAUGUUAUAUGAUGGAGAAAAAAAAUUUUCCAAGUGGGCGGUGUUCGUAAUUCGAUAGAUUUCUUGAAUUUUUUUUAGAAUUAAUGUUAUCUGAUUGGUAUCUGACUAUUUUUAAGUUUUUUAACUGUAUAUGAUGCUUAUAUGACACGCUAAAUAUUUUAAAUGCAUUUUAAUAAAAUUUUAUUUGAGGAUGUGUUCAUACAUAUUUAUAUUGGUUUGUAAUGAUCAGAUAUCAUAUAUGCAUCAUGUACGGAUAUCUGAUAAAUAUUCACUAUUUUAUAUGAAUAUCAUAUACGGUUUCAUAAUCUGCCAAAGUGUAUGAAUCGAUCAUAUAUGAUGCUUAUAGAGCAAAAAUUUUAUUCAAAAAUCAUAUAAACUCAUAUAUGGUUAUAUCUGAUUAAAUGAGUGCUAUUUAUGUCAUAUAUGUGCUAUUUGUGUCUAUAAAAAAUAAGUAACAGAUUUCAGAAUUACGUUUGUAUAUGAAUCAUAUACAAAUAUCUGAUGCAUAUAUAUUAUAUAUUAAUAUCAAAUAUGGUUUUAUAAAAUUUUAUAAUCUGCCAAAUGUGAAUAUUAUACGACUAUGGAUUAUAUGUCAUAUAUGAUUAAAAUAACAGAUAAUAUAUAAAUGUAUCAGAUAUGAGUAAUAUGAUAAUACUAAUUAAAAACAUUAUUGAUCAGAUAUUAAUUUUAAAUUUUUCUAGCUCAAUUUCUUAUUUUUUUUUAUUAUCAUAUAUUUAUCUGAUACAGUUUAGUUUAUAUAAUCACAUAAUUUAUGAAAAAUAUAUGAUAACAAAAUCAAUUAGAUAAAACAUGAUUUUCUUAAUAUCACUUUUUCUUUUAAAUAUAAUUAUCAUGUAUAGAUCAGAUAUAAAUAUUUACACAAUCAUAUAUGUAUCAGAUAUAGUUGAUUUAUGAUAAAUUAUUGAAAAUAACUAUAUCUGAUAAAUAUAUUAAAUACAGUAUUUUGUAUUGUCACUUUAUCGUUAUAUUUCGUUAUAAUUACUCAUCAUAUACCUAUCGGAUACGGUUUAUUUAUCUGAAAUUAUUAAAUAUAACAAUAUCUGAUAAAUCUAUCAGAUACAAUAUUUUGUAUUGUCAUUUUUUGUCGUUCUAUAUUUUAAAAGUAUCAUCAUAUAUGUAUCAGAUACGGUUUAAUUAUAGUCAAUUACAGAAAAAAAAUAUCUGAUAAAUCGAUCAGCUAUCUCGUGAUUAAAAGUUUUUUUUUUUUUUUUAAUAUACAUGCGCUUUUUUUUCUAAUUACAAAUACUAAAAUUUUUUAUUAAAUUAAUUAAUUAAAUAAAUAAUAAAAUUACAUAGAUUAAAUUAACACAAAAAAUUAAUUUUUUAUAAUAAACAUUUUAAGUAAUUGAAUUAUUUAUUUAAUUAUUAAUUAAAAAUUUUAUUAAUUAUCAUUGAUAUUGAUAAACUAAAUUUAAAAAAAAAAAAAAAAAAAAGAAAAAAAACUAUACCAUAGAAUUUAAACAAAACCGCCCAUAUCGAUAUAAAUAUAUAUAAAGAAAAAAAAAUUAACUAAAAUAUGAAAAUGUUUUUUUAAACGGGAGGGGGUAACAAAAUAUGCGAGUGAAUAAUUUUAAAAAAAAUAUAUAAAUAAAAAUAAUGGCCAUUUUACAUGAUAAAUUAUAUAAAUAUAUAUAUAUACAAAAAAAAAUAAAUAUAAUUAAAUUAUAACAAGAAAUAACAAAUACAAAUUAAAUAAAAAAAAAAUAUAUAUAGCGUUAGUAAAUUACUAACAAAAAUUAAUGAGAAAAAAAACAUUAUUAGUGCGAUUGAUAAACAAAAACAAAAACACUGUCCUAUAUGCUUUUUACGCGGUGUGGUACCUAAUAAAUUACCUCAAUAGUAAUGAGAAAAUUAUAAGUCAUAUACAUAAAAAAAAAAAAAAAUAA